CGUCACUAGGCAACAGCUAUGGAAACGGACGAACAGGCGAGGGCUCUACAAUAACAGGUGUAUAAGAUGACAAGAGGCAUUGAUCGUGUGGAUAGCCAGAGGUUUUCUCCCAGGACUGAAAUAACUAACUCGAGGGGGCAUAGUUUUAAGGUGCUUGGAAGAAGAUACAGAGGGAUGUCAUGGGUUGGAAUCACACUGAAGAUGGCUGGGUUAUCAAUUUUGACUUGACCUCCAUUUCGGCCCAUGAGACUGUGCAGUUUGCCGAGCUUCGGGUCCGCCCACCUCUGUUCUCCGCCUGCCAGAACACCACAGUUGUCAUUAACCACAGCCACAUCUACAACUGCCACGGCAACAGGACUUGCUACGACCACUUGACUCUCGGCUCCUUCACCGCAGGCCCUUCCAGUGCCAGGUUGGGUUGGCAGGUCUUCAACAUCACCGGCCUCCUCAACACCUGGCUGGGCCAUGAGUCCUUUGAGGGAUCCGGGCAAUGGGAUAGUCACCAGCCUCUGACCGGGGACUGCCAGGACAGCGAAGAGCGCCAGCGGUUGCCACUGGCGAAGCGGGCCAGACCAGGAGCCAUGGCAGGCCAGAGGAGGCCUCCCAAGCGGAAUGCUCACCAGAUCAUGAUGGUGGUGUUUCUCAAGAGGAACAACACCAGGCCAGGAGGGCAGACAUCCACGCUGCUGAGUACCGUGCUGCAGUCAGAGCACCGGCUGGGCGCCAGGCACCGGCAAGAGGCUGGCAGCAAGAGGCACAAGAGGAACAGGAAGGAAAGGCUGAACAUGGGCAACAGCACGGUGGAGCUGAGGAAGGACCAGUCCCUGUGUCGGAGGAUGGACAUGGAGGUGAACUUUGAUCAGAUAGGCUGGGGCGAGUGGGUCAUCUACCCCAAAAGCUUUAAUGCCUACCGGUGUGGCGGGGAAUGCCCAUCGCCAGUGGACGAGACAUUCAUGCCCACGAACCAUGCAUACAUGCAGAGUCUACUGAAAUCCUUCCAUCCUGAGCGGGUGCCCUGUACGUCCUGUGUCCCAAUCAAAAUGAGUGCCUUGUCCAUGCUUUACUACAAGGACUGGGAGGUGGUGCUCAGUCACCAUAAGGACAUGAUUGUGGAGGAAUGUGGCUGCCAUUGAAUGAAGCCACACAAAUGUUUGGCUCGUCAGUUUAAAAAAAUGUAAAUAAUGAAAAUACUGUAUAUAGGCUACAAAAUAUAUUUUUGUACAAACAUAAUAAAUGUAAUAUGAA